AUGGCAUCAUCUUCACAGGAACCUGAAGUUAACUGCAGUGAUUUCACAAAAUGCGCAAUAUGUUUUGAACAAUUUAAAACACCAAGGUAUCUUCCCUGUUCACACUCCUUUUGUCACGAAUGUUUAUCAACCCACAUCGUAUCUACGUGUAAUUCUAAAGAAGAUCCUGUUGGAUUCCGUUGCCCAUUGUGUCGAAACUUCAUCCCAGUUGAAAAUUUUUUAAAUGGACCAAUCAACUGGGCAAGAGAAUUUCCUGUAAAUGAAAUUCUGAGCGAAGUAUCUAAAAAUCAAGAAAAAGAAAAUCAUUGCGAUACCUGCAAACGAGAUGAUGAAGAGCAAGAGGCCAGUAGAUAUUGUUUGAUAUGCAAAGAAAAGCUUUGUGAUAUGUGUGCAAAAUACCACAGGCGAAUUUUGUUGACCAAAGACCACGAAGUUAUAUCUUUAGAAGACUUAAAGUUGUCACCUGUGGAAAUCAAAGACAAAGAACAUUGCUUUAAACAUGCAGAGAGAAAAAUAGAAUUCCUUUGUAAAGAUCAUUUUGUACCGUGUUGCACAAUGUGCAUUUGUGUAGAACAUAGGAAAUGUAGCAAAAUAGGAACUAUCAAGGAGGCUGCGGAGAAAGUAAGAAAUGGGGAGUUUGACAAUCUCGUAAAAGAAGUUAUAAAACUGGAAGACGAAUUAAAGGGCAUAAAAAGUAAACAAGAGGAAAACAUUACACAACUAGAAGCCAACACCGAAGAGGUGUUUAAACUCACUGAAUCUUUGUUUUCCAAAGUCCAAAAUCACAUCGAACGGUUGAAAAAUGAUUACCUUAACAAUCUGUCGUCAAAAGCUAAAGAACAUAAAGAGGCAUUAAGAAGAAAUGCAGAAUCUAACAGCGAGAGAAUUACGUAUCUGAAAGAGGUUGUAAACUCACUUGAAAGCCUGAAAGACGAGUUGAAUGAAGCUACGUAUGUUGCAGAAUUUCAUAAAAGUAGUCAGAAAUACAAAAAAUUAAAAGAGAAUCAGACUAAAAACAGAGCUAUGCUAUUUAAGUUGGCAUCUUCUUUUGAAAGUAAGAUAAUAGAGAUUGAAAAAGUCAAAAUAUUUGGUGACUUUUACUUUACCGCGGACUAUAUUCAUGCUCAAAAAAAUAUCAAGACAACGAAACCUGCAACAUGUGACUGGACGGGUCUUCCGAAAAAACCUCCCCCAAAACUCCACAGAUGA